UUCAUCACGGAAACGGUGGCCGCGGACGGCCGAGAAUGGUCCGGUCCCUAUCCGCCCGCCGUGGUCGUCGUCGUCUUCCGGCGCCAUCCCAUCCCAACACGCAUGCUUCUCUGAUUUUGCUUCCCCACCAGCUAGAGCUACCUACAUAGCCCCCCAAUCAAUCCAUCGGCAGCCUCUCAUCAUCAAGCCUCGACCAUCCGCCGUCCAUCCUCGGCCCGCCCGGAUCGACCACCCAAUCCCCCCGGCGCACGCACGGCGGCGCCAUGGACGCCACGCUGCUGCUCUCCGCCUCUGAAGCUACCCUCGCCGCCCGGCGCCACCCUUCUCCGCCCGCGCGCCGCCCGGGGCGGGUUGCGCCAGGCCGACGGCCGGCGUCCUGCAGGUCCGUGCGCGCCCGCGCCGCCGCAGCGGCCGCGCCAGCCGCCGGAGGCGUCACCGGGCAAAGCAAUGGAGUCUACACAGUUGGUGACUUCAUGACGAGGAAGGAAAAUCUACAUGUUGUCAAGCCUACAACAUCAGUUGAUGAAGCCCUCGAGCUGUUGGUGCAGCACAGGAUUUCUGGCUUUCCUGUGGUUGACGACAACUGGAAGCUGGUUGGGCUCGUCUCAGAUUAUGAUCUGUUAGCACUGGACUCAAUGUCAGGAAAUGGACUGGCUGAUACGAAUAAAAACAUGUUCCCUGAUGUGGAUAGUACAUGGAAGACAUUCCGUGAGAUACAAAGGCUGCUAAGCAAAACUAAUGGCAAAGUCAUUGGUGAUGUUAUGACUUCUUCACCUAUUGCGGUGCGUGAAAAUACUAAUCUUGAUGCUGCCACAAGGUUGCUACUUGAAACCAAGUACCGGAGAUUACCUGUAGUUGAUAGCACAGGAAAACUAGUUGGGAUGAUAACAAGGGGAAAUGUCGUCAAAGCUGCUCUCAAAAUAAAGAAGAAAUCUGAAGAAGUAGUGCAGCUCCAAGUUCUACCUAGACACCAAUAGAUGGAUAUGGUGUUGUAUACGGAUUGAUAUAAAUUGCGAAGGGCUUUGAUAUGGAUUCAUAUAGGAACUGCUUAAUUCAUUUGAGGUAAUCAUACUUGGUUCCCUCUCAAUAUAAGGUAGUGCUAGUGUAGCGGUGUAUAGGUUGAUGUUUCACUAUUUAUUUGAACCUUGUAUUCCUGGAUAUUUCUUAUUGAUUUAUAUAGUGAGGUCUAGAUCUUGUGAUA